AGACAAUUUUUUUAUUAUUUUACGAUUCGGCGUCUCAGUGAUAUGGAGAUAAGCAGGAAAUACUUUGUUAUGGGUUUAGAUAGUCCAUUCGUAUAAAAACUCCAUGAAAUUCAGUCAAAGGCAUAGUCAUUGUUGUGACACAAGGCAAAAAGAAAAAAUCACCAUGAAGUUCUUGAUUGCCUUCGCUUUGAUCGCCGUGGCCUCGGCCGCCAUCAUCAGGCCCUCUCCCAUCGAGGCUGAGCUCGCUGAGCUGCAGCAGAUCAUCGCCGCCAUCGAGAGCCCCAACACCGACCCCGCCACCGCCGCUGCCCUAGAAGCCAUGCUCGUAUCUGCCCUCGGACACCCCCAGGUCGUCGCCCCCGGCUUCGAGACCGUCCAGCCUUCGCCCAUCUCCAUUGGAGCCGCCGUCAUCGACUUCCCCCUGCCCGACGGUGGUGCCGUCACCGCUGUUGAAGAGGUCGCCCCCACCGCCGUCGCCGCCCCCGCCCCCGCCGUCGAGAGCGCCAAGUCUCCUCUGGUCCAGAUCAUCGUGAACAUCGAGAAUGCCGAUGACAUCGCCGUCGCGCCUGCUCCCAUCGUAGAGGCUGCUCCUGCUCCCAUCACUGCUGUUGAGGCCGCUCCCUCUCCCGUCAUUGUUGUUGACGCCGCCGCCGUCGCCGCCCCCUCUCCCAUCACCGUUGUUGAGGCCGCCCCCUCUCCCAUCACUGUUGUUGAGGCCGCCCCCUCUCCCAUCACCGUUGUAGAGGCCGCCCCCUCUCCCAUCACCGUUGUAGAGGCCGCCCCCUCUCCCAUCACCGUUGUUGAGGCCGCCCCCUCUCCCAUCACCGUUGUAGAGGCUGCCCCCUCUCCCAUCACCGUGGUUGAGGCCGCCCCCUCUCCCAUCACUGUUGUUGAGGCCGCCCCCUCUCCCAUCACUGUUGUUGAGGCCGCCCCCUCUCCCAUCACCGUUGUUGAGGCUGCCCCCUCUCCCAUCACCGUUGUAGAGGCCGCCCCCUCUCCCAUCACCGUUGUUGAGGCCGCCCCCUCUCCCAUCACCGUUGUUGAGGCCGCCCCCUCUCCCAUCACCGUUGUUGAGGCCGCCCCCUCUCCCAUCACUGUUGUUGAGGCUGCCCCCUCUCCCAUCACCGUUGUUGAGGCUGCCCCCUCUCCCAUCACUGUUGUAGAGGCCGCCCCCUCUCCAAUCACUGUUGUAGAGGCCGCCCCCUCUCCCAUCACCGUUGUUGAGGCCGCUCCCUCUCCCAUCACCGUUGUUGAGGCCAUCCCCACUCGUCCCGUGAUCCUGAACCCCAUUGACGUCAUGGCUCCCCUCCCAGUGGAAGUUGUUGCCGCUCAGGCCGGAGGAAUCCGUGUUUAAAUUGUUAAUUAAAUCUCAAGAAACUUCUUGAAGUGGGUAUUAGAUCACCUUAACGCCACCCAAUCCACAAUUUAACCAAGACAAUAAAAGUGAACAAUUUUGUAUA